AAAUGGCUGGGAUCGAAUGAGUUAAUAUCGGUGCUCGAGAGGCGCAGUCCUUGACAUAAUGGAAGAAGAAAAUUAUUUGCUGGAGGUCGAGGUGCAAAAAUUAUGAUAAGGGUUUGAUGCACAUGGUUGUCAAAUUUAUGAAUGAAAUAUGAUGACAUUUCCUACACAUCCUUGGAAGUCAUAAUCUGUCAGCCUUUGCCCCAAUCAAAUUUAUCAAAAUAGUUAAGACAUGGUUCCUGCUCCCCUACUUCUCGUCAUUUGUAAAUGCUGUGUUGAACUAUUAACAAUGUCCAGCUACUGUAAACAUGACAAUCCAAAUACAAAUGAAAAUCCUUUUUUUUUUUUAAUUAUGAAUAAUCCCCAUAUUUACAGCCAUGAAAACAAAAGUGAUGGACAGGAAAUGCCAAUCACGAGCACCGGGCGCGUGCACGCGCGGGGAAAGGCAAAUUCUGUGGCGUCACACUCGGCCGUUAAACAUGGAACCUGUGCCCAACCUAAAACGACAAAUGGAGGUGGAAAUACAGAUAACUGCGACAUUAGACAUUUGGGAGGCAAGCGACGCCGGUUUGUAAUGGCCUCAUCCCCGGGAGAAGGCGAGGGAACCGUUGUGGGCGUUGCGUGGAGACACAUCGGCGCAGCCUCGGAGCUUUCCGGCAAGAAAUGCCGACUCGUGUACUCGUCCCUCGGCCGGCAGUCGGACGUGUGCCUCUUCUCCGUCAAGGGGGAGUUUUUCGCCAUGGAUGCCCGCUGUGCACACUCCGGAGGUCCGUUGUGCGAGGGCGACAUCGAGGAAGCUGAUGGAAUUCUACGGGUCUUCUGUCCAUGGCAUGACUACGACUUUGACCUAAGGACUGGGAAGUCCGGGACGUCGUUGAAGCAACAAGUGCAUGAAGUCAAGCUGGAGGACGGUGACGUGUACGUGAAGCAUGCAAGCUGUCUCUCCUUGCAGCCGUUUCCUGUCCAUCACAAGAGCUGAGCUUCAACCUUCCAUAACCCUGGCCGGGGAUGCCAAGUUGCUGAUUACAGGACGUCCUACCGGUAGCGAGCACAUUCGGGGCUAUUUAUAAGACUUUUCCCCACAAAGUCCAGCCAUCUGAAAGCAUUCCCGAGUCUUAUCUGUCAGUUGUUCAGACUUUGUACUUUGAUUGCAAGCGAAGUCAGACAAUGAUGAUAUCAGGAAAUUGUCUGAAGGAGCCAUCGGGACAUUACUUCACGUAGACAGACAAACCUUUUGGUAAACUUGAAAAACAAAACAAGAAAAAAAUACUUGAACAAAACUUGGAACUCUAUGCAGAAGAAAAAGGUUGCGCUGGGACGCCACAAGCUCUGAUGGAUUCAAAAUUGUUUUUCCAGUUGACGAUUUGUGUUUUCACCUCAUACGUGACCCGUAACUGCCUCAGCUGCUUAACACUGAGGUUAGAGUUUAUUCGGGGUAACUAUGUACCCAUGCAUCCAUUUUCUUUAGUAUUUGUCCCCGCUCGGGGUGUUGGUGAGUUGGAACCUAUUGCAGCUUACGUUCGGGGAGAGGUGAGUUCGACCCUGGAUUGGUCGCCAGUCAUUCAGACAUAUGGGCAAUUUUCAUUGAUCCGAACAUGCGUGUCUUGUUGCAUUCUCAUUGAACUUUAAGAUGUGUGAGUAUCUUGUACAUUGCUCAAGAGCAGAUUGUAAUCUUCGUUGUGAUAUUGUGAGUCGAUCGUUGCUUCCGAUUGUUAUGAAAAUGACGAACAUUUUAUGUGUAUUUUUCAAAAUCUUUCAGAUAAAAUAAAUUAUUUGAUAUCUGA